AUGGUAGCAAGUCAGCCAUCAGUAGCAAUUGCGACACAUAAUAAUAUGACAAUUUCGGUAAUACCACUAGGUGGUUUGUUAAGUGACGAGGUCAGAAUAAUAUGCCAGUGGAUAUUUUUUACUGUGAUCUGUCAGAUAAUUGAUUUGUUUGGAAUCGCAACAAACAUUGUCAACAUUGUCUGUUUCGUUAGGCAAGGAUUCAAGGACCCGGUCAAUAUCAGUCUACUAG